CACAGGCAGCAGGGGGGAUGCAUCGUAUCAUGGCACAGAAGAAAAGAGUUCCCGCAUCGUUCGUACAUUUUUAGGGAAAUAUUAAUAUAUCCAUCACCCGUCUCCACUCUCUCCUUCCCUCCACACUUCGUUUGCGAACUCUAAGGCUGGUCAAACCGGGGAGAUUACAGAAAACGUGUCUGCAAUGUCGUCUCCACCUUUGUCCCAAGGGUUUGGGUAUGGAAUCGUCUUGGGGUUGGGAUUUGCUUUUGCAUUGGGGAUGAUUGGGACCACCUGGGCUCUCAAGAGGUAUGAUGACCUUGCACCCUUCGUAUCUACUACCAGGACUUUCUUUCCAUCUUCCCUCUCUCUCCCUCCACAGUUGCUGACAGAUUGUUUAGGUAUCAGAAUGAAGUUCAAACAUCCGAAAUGUUCAGUACUGCCGGUCGUACAGUCAGGACUGGUCUCGUAGCCUCAGCCGUCGUCUCUUCUUGGACUUGGGCAGCUACCCUUCUGCAGAGCUCCGGCAUUGCUUACCAAUAUGGUGUAUCCGGCCCUUUCUGGUAUGCUUCCGGUGCGACGGUCCAGAUCCUGCUGUUCGCUACCCUUGCGAUUGAAUUGAAGAGGAAAGCUCCCAAUGCGCACACCUUCUUGGAGGUCAUAAGAGCUAGAUAUGGAGGCGGGACUCACAUUACGUAUAUGGUUUUCGGACUUUUUACCAACAUCUUGUGAGUGCCCUUAGUUCCCCUGAAGGGCGUGCAAAAGAGAGAGGGGAGGAUCGCGGAAACAUGUCUGACAAUUGAGAGCUUAGGGUCACGGCCAUGUUGUUAACGGGAGGAAGUGCUGUGGUCAAUUCGCUGACGGGAAUGCCUACGGCCGCCGCGUGCUUUCUCUUGCCGGUUGGUGUCGUCCUAUAUACUCUCUUUGGUGGCAUCAAGUAUGUAUCCGUCUGUGGCGCUGAUUGGCUAGCGCCAAAACUCUAAUGUUAUUACAGGGCAACCUUCUUAACAGACUAUAUCCACACCGUGGUAAUUCUUGUAGUCAUCCUCAUCUUUGCCUUCACAACAUAUGCAACUUCCGACAUCCUAGGCUCUCCCGGCAAGGUUUACGACUUACUCGUCGAGGCCUCCGCUAGACAUCCCGUCGCAGGCAAUGCUGGAGGCAGCUACCUCACCAUGCGCUCCAAGGAGGGUGCAAUCUUCUUCAUCAUCAACAUCGUCGGCAACUUCGGCACCGUCUUUCUCGACAACGGAUACUAUAACAAGGCCAUUGCGGCCUCUCCAGUUUCUGCUCUUCCAGGAUACGUCCUUGGCGGUCUUUCCUGGUUCGCCAUCCCAUGGCUCGCAGCGACGACCAUGGGGCUUGCGUGUCUUGCUCUCGAGAAUCACCCUUCAUUCCCGACCUUCCCCCUUCGCAUGCCCGACGCAGAUGUUAAGGCUGGAUUGGUCUUGCCCAAUGCCGCGGUCGCAUUAUUGGGACAGGGCGGCGCAGCUUGCACACUGCUUCUGAUUUUCAUGGCUGUUACCAGCGCUAGUUCUGCAGAGUUGAUCGCUGUCUCGAGUAUCUUCACUUAUGAUUUGUAUCAGGUUUGUGCUCCAAUACUCGUCUCCUUUCCUGUCCAUGCUCGCCGCGACAACGAUGCUGAUUAAUCGUGCGGUAGACCUAUUUCAACCCAACGGCAACAGGCAAGAAGCUCAUAAUUAUGUCCCACACUAUGGUCGUCGCUUUCGGCGUCAUCAUGGCGGCCUUCAGUACCGGCCUCUACUAUGCCGGGGUCUCGAUGGGCUACCUAUACCUCCUCAUGGGGGUAAUAGUCUCCAGUGCGGUCCUACCGGCAUCCCUAACCCUUCUCUGGAAGGGACAGAAUAAAUGGGCCGCCAUGCUUUCACCAAUUCUCGGUUUGGCCUGCAGUCUUGUCGCCUGGCUAGUCACCACCAAAAAGAAGUAUGGCGAAAUCACCGUCGCCACGUCGGGAAGCAAGUAAUUACCCCCCCCCCCCCUCCUCCUCCCUGAACAAUGCUUCGUAACAGGUUCUGACAAUCGCCCAAUAGCGACCCCAUGUUAGCUGGAAACGUCGUCGCCCUCCUCUCCCCUCUCGUCUUCAUCCCAAUCCUAACCUUGAUCUUUGGCUUUGACAACUACGACUACGAAUCCAUGCGAGCAAUCCGCAAAGGAGACGACCACGACAUCGCAGCUGAAGCGCACAUCGACCUAGAACUAAUCCCAGGCGAACGCGCGGGCUCGAACGGCAGCGAGAGCGAGGAGAUGGAGCAAAAGAAGCUUGAGAAAGCGGCCAAGAUCGCCAGAAUCACGACUGUCGUCAUGACUCUAAUCUUGCUGGUCCUCUGGCCCUUCCCGCUAUACGGCACGAGUUACAUAUUCUCCAAGAAGUUCUUCACCGGGUGGAUUACUGUGGGCAUUAUUUGGCUGUUCUUCUCCAUGCUAUGCGUGGGGGUGUAUCCGCUCUGGGAGGGGAGGCAUGCAAUGGCUCAUACCACCAAGAGCAUCUGGCUUGACAUCACCGGGAGGAGGGGGCCGCCGAUUCAAGGCCGUAUGGCGAACGUGCGGGACGAGAAGCUGGCGGAGGGCCUUGACGAGAAGGAACUAUCGAAGGGAGUUACUACUUAGUUAAUCCCGUAGUUCUCGUUUUCCCCUCCUUGCCUAUUUUUUUUUACUCGCUUUUGCAUUUCCCCCUUGACCGCUUGAGCUUUGUUCUUGUUUCUACUUUCCCCGUUCCGCCUUUCCUUCAUACCAUGCGGUCCCAAUAGCGAUCGCCCAGAUUCUAAUGAGAAGAAAAAAAGGAAUUUUUUUGGCUG